CAAAAAGUUUAGUUGAGAUGAUGAAUUUUAAGCAGCUUCCUCACGUUAGAUCAAAAUUUUGCCCAUUAAUCUAUGUAUUAUCGUAUUUUUCGAAUGUGCAUUCAAGCCACCAUUCAAGCUUGCAAAUAAUUUACUGUUCAAGCUCGAAGGCAAGACGAUCAGAUUGAAAAUAAACGAGAAAUCAAAGCAUGAGUAAUCAAAAUGGGAAAGCAAAACAGUAAAUUGAAGCCAGAAGUCUUAGAGGACCUAAAACAAAACACAGAAUUCACAGAUGCAGAAAUUCAGGAAUGGUAUAAAGGAUUUUUAAAAGACUGUCCUAGUGGGCAUCUCUCCGUAGAGGAGUUUAAAAAAAUAUAUGGGAAUUUUUUUCCGUACGGUGAUGCAAGUAAGUUUGCAGAGCACGUUUUUCGAACAUUCGACGCCAAUGGCGAUGGCACAAUUGAUUUCAGAGAGUUUCUAUGCGCGCUGAGUGUGACGUCUCGCGGCAAAUUAGAGCAGAAGUUAAAAUGGGCGUUCUCAAUGUAUGAUUUAGAUGGAAAUGGCUACAUUUCCCGACAAGAAAUGUUGGAAAUCGUCACGGCAAUUUAUAAAAUGGUUGGUUCAGUUAUGAAAAUGCCGGAAGACGAAAGUACGCCAGAGAAACGAACGGAUAAAAUAUUUAGACAGAUGGAUCGAAAUAAAGACGGCAAAUUGAGCCUCGAAGAGUUCAUAGAGGGGGCGAAGAGUGACCCAUCAAUUGUUCGUUUAUUACAAUGUGAUCCUCAAACACAUUAACUUUUAUAUUUAAAAAGUUAUAACAAGCAAUAAACAAUUAAU